GCGAUGGAUGAGGACAACAUGACGAGGAGCGAGGAGCAGCAGCUGAGUCUGCAGAAGGCGCUGCAGCAGUGCGAGCUGGUCCAGAACAUGAUCGACAUCAGCAUCUCCAACCUGGAGGGGCUCCGCACCAAGUGCGCCGCCUCCAACGACCUCACGCAGAAGGAGAUCCGCACCCUGGAGAGCAAGCUGGUCAAGUACUUCAGCCGGCAGCUGUCGUGCAAGAGGAAGGUGGCCCUGCAGGAGCGCAACGCCAAGCUGGAGGGCUUCCCCCAGCUCCUCCACUGGUUCCGCAUCGUCGACAUCCGCAAGGAGGUGAUGGAGGAGAUCGCCCCUGGGCAGCUGAGCCUGGAGGAGCUGCUGGACAUGACCGAUGACCAGGUCUGUGCCACUGUCGAGAAGUUCGGGGCCAACAGCGAGGAGUGUGCCCGCCUGAACGCCUCCCUCUCCUGCCUCCGCAGCGUCCACAAGUCCGGCGGCAGCCUCUCCAAGCAGGAUUGGACCAUCCAGUGGCCCACGACGGAGCCGGGGAAGGAGAACAGCCCCGGGUGCCAGCCGGAGCCGGGGCCGUGGGGCAGGACGCACCUCUCGCAGAGCCCCAAGGUCCAGCCCAAGUGCGGGCAGCAUCACUGCCACGCGGGCUCGCCCCACGGACCCAUGUACACCCACGUGGACCGGUUGACCGUGGAGGGUCACCCGGGGCUGUGCCCACCCGUGGAGUCCGGCCACCGCUCCCUGCCGCCAUCCCCGCGCCAGCGACACGCCGCUCACACCCCUCCGCGUACCCCCAACAUCGUGACCACGAUGACGCCGCCGGGCACGCCGCCGGUACGACGGAGGAAUAAACUGAAGCCCCCCGGGACGCCCCCGCCCUCGUCGCGAAAACUGAUCCAUCUCAUCCCUGGCUUCACCGCGCUGCACCGCAGCAAGUCCCACGAGUUCCAGCUCGGGCAUCGCGUGGACGAGGCACACACCCCCAAAGUCAAGAAGAAGAACAAGCCCUUGAACCUCAAGAUCCACAACAGCGUGGGAAGCUGCGAGAACAUCCCAGCGCAGCGCUCCCCGCUCCUCUCCGAGCGUUCCCUGCGCUCCUUCUUCGUGGGGUACCCGCCUUUCCUCCCCUCCACCCCUCCCGUCCACACCGAAGCCACCUUCUCAGCAAAUACGCUGUCAGUGCCUCGCUGGUCCCCGCAGAUCCCCCGUCGAGAUCUCGGAAACUCGAUAAAACACAGGUUUUCCACCAAGUACUGGAUGUCUCAGACCUGCACCGUCUGCGGGAAAGGAAUGUUGUUCGGCUUAAAAUGCAAAAACUGCAAGCUCAAGUGCCACAACAAAUGCACCAAAGAGGCCCCUCCGUGUCACCUGCUGAUCAUCCACCGCGGAGGGAGACGAGCCGUUCGGGGCGAGGCAGAUUUGCAUUGCAAACCACUUCCACCCACCCUUCCCCUGCCUCCUUUUCUUUUCAGAUUCCCCACCGCACGGGCAAGGUUAGUCCGGACAGAAUCGGUGCCCUGCGAUAUCAACAACCCCUUGCGGAAACCCCCCAGGUACUCAGACCUGCACGUCAGCCAGACGCUCCCCAAAACCAACAAACUCAACAAGGACCACAUCCCGGUGCCCUACCAGCCAGACUCCAGCAGCAACCCCUCCUCCACCACCUCCUCCACACCCUCCUCGCCGGCCCCACCGCUGCCGCCCAGCGCGACGCCGCCGUCCCCCAUGCACCCCUCCCCGCAGUGCCCGCGCCAGCAGAAGCAGUUCAACUUGCCAGCUUCCCAUUACUACAAGUACAAGCAGCAGUUCAUUUUCCCAGACGUGGUGCCCGAGACGCCGACCCGAGCCCCGCAGGUGAUCCUGCACCCCGUCAACUCCAACCCCAUCCUGGAAGGAAACCCGUUGCUUCAAAUUGAAGUGGAGCCCACCUCGGAGAACGAGGAAGGCACCGAGGAGGCUCAGGAGUCCGAGGACGACUUCGAAGAGAUGAACCUCUCGCUCCUCUCCGCACGCAACUUCCCCCGCAAGGCCAGCCAGACCAGCAUCUUCCUCCAGGAGUGGGACAUCCCCUUCGAGCAGCUUGAGAUCGGCGAGCUCAUCGGCAAGGGCCGCUUCGGGCAGGUCUUUCACGGGCGCUGGCACGGGGAGGUGGCCAUCCGUCUCAUCGACAUCGAGCGCGACAACGAGGACCAGCUGAAGGCCUUCAAGAGGGAGGUGAUGGCGUACCGGCAGACCCGGCACGAGAACGUGGUGCUCUUCAUGGGAGCUUGCAUGAGCCCUCCCCACCUCGCCAUCAUCACCAGCCUGUGUAAAGGACGGACUCUCUACUCGGUGGUGAGAGAUGCCAAAAUCGUCCUGGACGUCAACAAGACACGGCAGAUAGCACAAGAAAUCGUGAAGGGAAUGGGCUACUUGCAUGCCAAGGGGAUCCUUCACAAGGACCUCAAGUCAAAAAAUGUUUUCUACGACAACGGGAAGGUGGUGAUCACGGAUUUCGGCCUCUUCAGCAUCUCGGGAGUUCUCCAAGCAGGCAGGCGGGAAAACAAGCUGCGGAUCCAGAACGGCUGGUUGUGCCACCUCGCCCCUGAGAUCAUCCGCCAGCUCUCGCCGGACACCGAGGAGGACAAGCUGCCCUUCUCCAAGCACUCGGAUGUCUUUGCACUGGGCACGAUCUGGUACGAGCUGCACGCGCGGGAAUGGCCCUUCAAGACGCAGCCGGCGGAGGCAAUAAUCUGGCAGGUGGGAAGAGGGAUGAAGCCCAACCUCAGCCAGAUCGGGAUGGGCAAGGAGAUCUCGGACAUCCUCCUCUUCUGCUGGGCCUACGAGCAAGAGGAGAGACCCACCUUCACCAAGCUCAUGGACAUGCUGGAGAAACUGCCAAAGCGUAACCGUCGCCUUUCCCACCCCGGGCACUUCUGGAAGUCGGCGGAGCUGUGACGGGAAGAGUUAAGGGACGGUGCCUUCCUCCCCGUGCGGUUCUCCUCUUCCUCUCCGCUUCCCAACCCGGCGCUACGGAGGAGCAGCGGGCGCCGCAGGCCGACAGCGGGAUGGGAACGAGCCUCUUCUCCUGCAGCGUUUCACCCCGCGAAGCCUCUGCCAGGGCUGGAGGAGCAGAGCCGGCGGGCGAGCCCCGGGGCCGGCGGCUGUGGUGGGAUGGGGCCGGUGGGCGGCUGUCCGGGCACACGGGGUCGGGUCUCGGGCCGGUUCCCCGCAGAGCAGGGGCAACCCACGAGGCAGACGGCUUCAAUUUAACCCCAGGACUCCUCUGAUCCCAAUCAGCAUGGUCAGUGCUCGUGAUGCUCGGUUGGGGAGGGGUUGCUUCUUGGUUCUCGGUGGGUUUAUUUCAUUUCAUUUCCUUUUUUUUUUUUUUUUUAUGAAAAAAAAGAAAAAGGGGGGGGAAAUGUUGCUGAUUCAUGAGUUUAGUGCUGGAGCCUGCCGGGGCCGGGGAGUGCUGCUGCUAUUAGCUGCCCCCCACGGGGAAAUGCAUCUGCAGAGCCGGAGCUGGAGGAGUCCUGCUCCCCCGCAGCCCCUUCACAGGCAGCAGUGACCUUUCACAAGUGGCUUCUCUACCUCCCGGCCAUACCCAUUUACGCUCCCCCCGCAGGUCUCCCUCUUGGCAGGGCGCAUCUCCACAUUCCCGUUAAUUUAGCUGUUUGCCCCAGCGCGUAUCUAAUGAGCGAGCCGUUCCCUCUCGCCCUCCCCGGCGUCGCUUUGCUCUUGGCUUCGACCCUCGCUCCCGAAGGUGCUGCCGGAGCCCCGGGUUUGGGGAUGAUCCGGGGCCGGGCAGAGCGGAGCGGCUGGGGUCGGGGUCCUGCCCCUCUCCCGUUGCCUUCCCCGGGCUCGUUGCCGGAGCCGGGGAUGCAGACAGGCUCUGGUUGUACAGAGCAUCUCCCUUCCCAGCCCCGCGCACGGGAGCCGUGGAUGUCUCGGCUGAACAAGCAGCCGUGCCCAGGACUGGUUUCCUCUGCAUAUUCAUCUUCCAUCAGCCAAAUCCCUGACCUCCCGGAGGAGAUGUUCCUCAGGCAGCGUCUCGGAGCCGGCGUGGCCAUCUGAAUACCGUGUGCCGGUAUUUCCCUCUGCCCAUCAGCUCGGAUGGGCCCAUUAGAUGAGCUGUCAAGUGACAGAGGAUAGCAAAUUGUGUUUUCAGGCCCUUAUUGAGUGUAAUUGCUUGACAGGAACCAUCCUGAACAAUUCAAUCGUAGUCUAAGUUAGCUUUAAUUUGGAGACAUGACGAGGGUCUGCAAACUAACCAGCCUGGUUUAUUUGCUGCUCCUCUAACUCCCCCUUGCCGGCAUUUGAACCACUUUAGCAUAAGUAAAUGAAGAUCAGAAACCUAAUUGCAGCUAGGAAGAGAUGUUACUGUAAUUGUGGGGGCAUGUAUGAAGGUGCUUUUAUUUCUUAAAAUUUGCACACGUGCGUAUGUAUAAAAUGUGAGGCGGGCAGGAGCAGGGGGGCCGAAUCCGGCCUCCAAGCGUGCUGGCAGAGGGUCGGUCCCGAUGGUGCUUUUGGGACAUUUGCUGCGCCGUGCGGUCGCACCUCGCUCUCGGAUGCUUCGCGUGAAGUGGAGAUGAAGCAGGAUCACCUGCUUCUGCCUUUGAUGCUGAGGCCAAGUGGGAUGAGCAAGCGAGGGCAGGAUGAGUCCUCAUUUGUGCUAAUUGCCCCCCGCACCAGGCAGCACGGGUGGUUUGCGGUCCCCUGGGCGCGAUGCUGCAGAGCUCAGCGUAGGUGGCUGAGCAUCACCUCAUCCCGGUGAUGAAGAAGGACGCUCCAUGGCUGUUCGCCCUCUGCCUCCUCCACAUCCCAUCUCUCGCUACCACACACAAAUCGUCUUCAUCAUCCCAGCCCGGGCCGUGGCAGCGAUGUCCUCUGCCGCCCGUCCUCCCCGUCCCAACCCUUCUCUGCUCUCUCAUGCCCUCUCCAUCCUCUGCACGUGUGCGUGCGUGUGCCAUAAAUAUUGCACUAAUCCUCAGGUCUCUCUGAGUUUUCACCAAUGCCUUCACCCACGGUGGUCCUGGGCUCUGUGGGAGGGAGCGAACCCCCAACGACAGAGAUCUCUGCUGCCGAGGGGGUGCGGGGAGGUCUCACCAUGAAAUCACCGGUCCCCAAACCACGUUCAGAUGGAGCGAUCGCUGUAGAAAGGUGGUGUCCUUCUCACUCGGUGGUUUUAGUUUCUAAGUAGGCGUGAGCUUCCUAGGUGUGCAGUAGGCAGUGGAGCACGUUGGAAGGAUGAAGGGGGUGAUACCACGGGUGACGCUCAGCACCGGGGCUGGCAAAGGGCUGUACCCUGAUAGACCUUGUGCAGGUUUAUCGCGGAAGGUACAAAGACUUGCUGUGGGUUUGCUCUCUGUGCCCCAAGCCCUCUACUUGCCUGGAAGGUCUCGCCUUGCUCUGUCCCCCCAUGGGCUCUCACCACCCGUUGGCAGACACCCACUCUGUUUUGUUGGCCGAGACUCAAGGAAACAAGUGAACCGAUGAGCACGUUGGUUACCCCACCGCGUCAGGUCCUCCCCAGGAGCACGGGGCUCUCUGCUGUGGCCUCGGCCAAGCGUUUCCCCCUGGAUUUUGGGCAUCUGAAAGGAGCUAAAUGCUCCUAUGGCCAACAAAUCUUGCCAACUCUUCCCUCAUCUCCCUCCUCCUUCUCCCCCCUUUCCCUCACCGUAAUGUCUCAGCCAGGCCACGAGCAGAGCUGUCACACAAUAGUAUCGAUGGAAAAAUAGCUGCCCUGUAUUUAUCAUAAAUUAGCUCAGAAGAGCAGCUCCUUCCCUUCCAUUCAGCGCAGCAACGGUUGUUUUGCAGCCGUGUUAUUUGCAUCAUGCCUUCUUAUUUCUGAAAGUCUUAAUUAUUAAAAAAAAACCA